AGGGUUUGAGAGAAAGAAUCGAAGAUGAGUGGAAGAGUGAGUGGGAAGGUGAAGUGGUUCAAUGACCAGAAGGGGUUUGGAUUCAUAACCCCUGACGAUGGUAGCGAAGAACUCUUCGUUCACCAGUCCCAAAUACGAUCCGAAGGGUUUCGGAGUCUCGCUGAAGGAGAAUCCGUCGAGUUUGCCAUAGAUUCUGACUCUGACGGUCGCUCUAAGGCCGUUGAUGUAACCGGCCCCGAUGGCACUAACCUCCAGGGGAGCCGUCGCGGCGGUGGUCCCGGCGGAGGCAACAGGGGCUAUGGUGGUGGAAGAGGCGGUGGUUACGGUGGUGGUUACGGCGGCGGCGGCGGACGUGGAGGUGGAGGUGGAAGAGGAGGUGGUGGUGGCGGGGCUUGUUAUAACUGCGGCGAGUCGGGUCACAUGGCUAGGGACUGCUACCAGGGUGGCGGUGGAGGUAGGUACGGAGGCGGGGGUGGGGGUGGCGGCGGCGGCGGAGGAGGCUGCUACAACUGUGGGGAGUCUGGGCAUUUCGCGAGAGAUUGCCCUACAAAUGCCCGUUGAGAUUACAGUAUAAUGUGUUUGGUCUUUGCUUUUGUUAGGAUAUUGGGAUGGGGUGGGGUUUUUGGGGUGGUUUAUGGUUUGUGGUUCGGUUCAAGUGUUUUGUUUUGAAUUAGUUUUAGGGGUUUUAAUGAAGGAUUUAUCCAGAUGUGGUUUUUUAUAUUAUAUGCAAGUUAGGUGUGGUUGGGACUUGGAAUUGGAUUUUGUUUUAUGGCUUCGUGUAAUGUGGGGUUUUUGUGAAACCCUCAUAUCAUUGCUCUCUGUAAACAAAAUCUGCU